UGUUGGGGCGCCCAAUGGGAAGGCGCUGCCUCGCAGCCGCAAAGUGGUAGUAAAGGCAGUUCCGGGGUGGUACGUUGCAUUCCCGUGCUUGGAUCUGGGUCGCUGGAGCGCUUGUUUUCCCUCGCAGAAGUUUCAGCCAGGAGGUAGACAUGUCUGGUCGCGGAAAGCAGGGCGGCAAAGUGCGGGCCAAGGCCAAGUCCCGGUCGUCCCGCGCGGGCCUGCAGUUCCCGGUGGGUCGCGUGCACAGGCUGCUGCGCAAAGGUAACUACGCGGAGCGAGUGGGCGCCGGCGCGCCCGUGUACCUGGCGGCGGUGCUGGAGUACCUGACGGCGGAGAUCCUGGAGUUGGCCGGCAACGCCGCGCGGGACAACAAGAAGACCAGGAUUAUCCCUCGCCACCUGCAGCUCGCCAUCCGCAACGACGAGGAGCUAAACAAACUGCUGGGGAAAGUGACCAUCGCGCAGGGCGGCGUCCUGCCCAACAUCCAGGCCGUGCUGCUGCCCAAGAAGACGGAGAGUCAGAAGGCGAAGAGCAAGUGACCCUGACGCCGCCUCGGGGAGCUCGCUGCUUCCUCAGCAAAGGCUCUUUUCACAGCUGCCCCGCAGUGGUUUUGAAUAUGCUCCUUGUCACGGAGGGCCGGCGCGAUCUGGUGGGGAGGUGGGCACUAGGGGCCCGCCGGGCGGGGCCGGGGGCCAAUAAAGUUGGUGAAAAUCGUGUGGUCGAGAGAGCUGUGUAGUCGCGGGCACCUGCUGGACGAUCCCGGGGCGGCCGGGAAGCCUCGAGCAGGUACUGGUGGGUCUGUGUGAGCCGCUUUCUGGGCUGUUUUGGUCACCCUCGCGGCGUUAUGGGGUGACGAGGAAGACCAGAGGGGGCCCACUGGCCUACAGGUGCGCAGAGCUGGGAGCUCUCUCUGCUCACCUUAAGGUAAAGGGGAGACAGAGGAGGUGCGGGUGCGGCAGAGGGAGCUGUUUUUAUGUCCACUUCCCAGAGCCUUGACUCUCUCUGGGCGGUUCAGGAUCUGGUUCCAGCAAGAGACGGUGGGGGUGAGCUGGUCUGGGGCAGAGUCAUUUCUCCGUGCUUUUCA